UCUUGUAGAAACAUGCACUUUUACUCACUGCUGAGUUCUUUAAUUCUCUUUGUGUUACUCCUCUGUAUCUCAGAUUCUGAGAGCCUGAAGACAUUGAAGAAUUUAGCUGUAAGACAUGGAGGAUCUCUCACUAUUCCAUGUUUAUAUGAUGAGAAAUACAAAUCAAAGCGUAAAUACUGGUGUAAAGGGCAGGACUGGCUCCUCUGUAAAAUAGUAGCCUCUACAAACACAAGUGGAAGAACAUCAGUUACUGACCAUCCAACCCAGAAUAUGUUUACUGUGGAACUAAACAGCCUCCAAGACUCUGGAUAUUAUUGGUGUGCUGUGGAAAUAAGUGGCGGAUCAGAUGACGGUGAUUAUGUGUACCUGACGGUCAGUUCAGAUCCUGCUGUGUCUGUGAUAAACAGCAGAGUGAGUGGUCAGGAAGGGGGCGGUGUCAGUGUCCAGUGUCUCUACAGGGCUGAAUAUAAGAAUAAACAGAUCAAGUGGUGCAGAUUUAAAGACAAGAGGUGUUUCUUAUGGGGGAGGACUGACACAUCCCAGAAUUCAGCAGUGCUGGUCAGUGAUGAUAGAAAAGGAUCUGUCAGUGUGGAGAUGAGGGGUCUGCAGAAGAGUGAUGCUGGCUGGUACUGGUUCAGUGCAGGAGAUGUGGGGUUUACUGUUCACCUCACUGUCACUGAAAGACCUUCAACAACAACACCUGUGACUCCAGUUUCUGCCACUGAGAAAACCAGCAUCAAUGAAACCACUUCAGGUCUGAUCACAAAUAGAGGUUUACAAUUAAUCAAAUCAAGAAAUAAGAAGAAUGAAUAUAUUUAUUUUGUCCUGCUAUGUUCUGAAACUAUGACCAAAAAUACAGAGACAACAACAGCAGAGCUAACAACUGCCCCUCCUGCAGUAACAGCUUCUGAAAAAGAAAAUGACACAAGCAAGAGUGGAAAGAUACAAUAUAACAAUGUAAAUACCAGGCUCAUCUGGAUUCUACUGGCUGUAGGCCUGGGGCUUCUGCUGAUUUUGACCAUCAUUAUAACCUGUAUGUUGGCAAAAAAAUGCAGUAAGUAAUGAUUAUCUUACAUUUUCUCACAGAUUGUUUUAGCAUGCUUUUAAAAUGUUGCUAUUGUAAAGGACAGGAUUAAAAACGAAUAACAGAAUGUUACUGUUGUGCUAUCUUGUGUAUUAUGGAUAUUGUGUUAUUACAUAAGUAUAAGUAAGCCACUAAUUCUUUAAUAUCUCCCUCUAACAGAGAGCAGAGGGAGGGUCAGUAACUCUGCAGUUCACACAGUCUGUAUUGAGGUUCUGGUGCAUUUUUGCUGUUGGUGCAGUAGUUAGUGUUGUGCCUCUUUUGCAUCAGACUUGUAAUUUUGAAAGCUUGUUUGUUUUUAGAAAAUGAAUAUAAUACUUUUAUGGGUGUUUUUUGGUCAUCUAGUUUUGACUUGAAAAUCGCAUUUGUGUGUGUGAAACAGACACUUACGACUGAAGCCCAGUGAUGUACAGUGCUGUGAAUCGUAGUAAGAAAAAGGUAAGUCUUUAUUUUUCACACACAUCUGUAUAUCAGGGGUGUAGACAUGGGUAGGCCUACAUUGAUCACAAGUCUCCCAAUCAAAUGCUGAAACAAUAUUUAUGAUUGUGCAUCUUUUGAGGUAAUUUUUUUUUUCAUCCAUUUUCAAAGUUGCAUUUUUUGUUUAACAAAUACUACAAUGGGCUUUGGCAUCAAAGGUAAAACAUAAAUGGUCCAUAAACAUUUUCACACCUGCUAUGGCAGUAAUUAGCCUAUGAUGAUUAGGUUUAGGUGUUGUUCCUCUUCUUUGUACAUAUCAGCUGUCAGAUUAUACCCCACUUAUGUCGUCUUCAUUGGGCAGAAAUAGUCUCUGUGGUGAGUGGACACAUGCUUUUAUUAAAUGUGUUGCACUGCCUAAACUACAGCUGCAUGCAAACGGUAUUUGAUUACUGAAACAUUAAGAGAUUAAGUUACUGAGUAUAUUGUGUCCAGUCUUCAUCUGCAUUGGAUCAUGAAAAUGACGUCAUCUACAGCAGUGUAACCACAACAACCAAAAAGAAAACUCUCUCUCAGGCAGUCAGAGAUGAUGAGGUGAUCUACAGCUCUGUGGUUUUGGAAUAAGAGGUGUAAGCGAGUGUGUUUCUGGCCAGGUCUCUUACAAUGAAGAUACUGCAAUUCAAGACAUCUUACAACCCCAAUUCCAAUGAAGU